AUGGCCUCCUACUGUCAGACUCACCUGCAGCCUCACUAUGAAGGAGACGCCUGGAAGGGACACAAGCUGACUGAUCCUGAUAGACAUCUGAAGGAGAAACUCUGUGAGAAACAUCAGAAAAGUCUGGAGAUAUAUUGCAAUGCUGAUGAAUCCUGUAUCUGCAUGAUAUCACAGGAGGAGCUUGAAGAGGAAGAGGAGGAGGAAGAAGAAGAGGAGUAUGAACAAGUGAUCAUCAAAGUGAAAGAGGAGCCCAUUGACAAGAUGUUACCGUACCUCGAUGACGACAAGGAAGAGGAGGAUGACUACGAAAGUGAGGAGGCCUAUUUUGAUUCAGGACCAGAGACUCCUUACCAGCGCGACAACUUUCAAAAUAGCAGGAAUCGAGACACCACAGCCAAUAACGAGUUUAACGAUGACACCAAGAAUUUGUAUGAGUCGUAUCUUCAGACGCGCCAGAAGAUUCAUGCCGGAGUGAAGCCAUACUGCUGUAGUGAGUGCAGCAAAACAUUCACACACAAGAGUUACCUUCGGCAGUAUCAGCGCAUUCACACUGGCGAGAAGCCGUACUGCUGCACCGAUUGUGGAAAAGCGUUUGUGUGUAAGGUGUACCUCCAGACUCACCAGAAGACUCAUUCCAGAGAGAAGCCGCACUGCUGCACAGAAUGCGGGAAGCGUUUUAUUCACAAGCGCCACUUCCUGCAGCACCUGAAGACACACAGAGAAGACAAGCCAUUUAGCUGCAGUGAGUGCGGGAAAAGUUUCACAGACAAAAGAGCCCUUCAGCACCACCAGAGGUGUCACAACGGAGAAAAGGCCUUCUUUUGCAAGGAGUGUGGACAGGUGAUUGCCUACAAGAACAGCCUGAAAUUCCACAAGCGAAUUCACACUGGGAAAUGGCCGCACUGCUGUACGGAGUGUGGGAAGAGCUUCAUUCGUAAAAUCGACCUUCAGCGACAUCAUCUGUCACACACCGGCGAGAGACCCUACGGCUGCGUCAAAUGCAGAAAGAGGUUCACCAAGAAAAGAACCCUUCAACACCAUCAGCGGCUUCACAGCGGAGACCAGAUAUUCAGCUGCAAGGAGUGUGGGAAGACCUUUGCCUACAAGUACAGCCUGAAGGGCCACCAGCAGAUUCACAACGGUGACAAACCCCAUUCUUGUAGCAAUUGUGGAAAGAGGUUCAUACGUAAAAACGACCUCCUGCAGCAUCAGAGAAUCCACACUGGAGAGAAGCCACACAGUUGCCCUGUGUGUGGGAAAUGUUUCCAAGUGGUCGGCGGACUGCAAGAGCAUUUGGUGAUUCACACCGGGGAGUAUCCAUAUUUCUGCAACCAGUGUGGGAAAAGGUUCAAACUAAAGGGGAAACUUCAGCAGCAUCAGAGGAUUCACAGUGGGGAGCGGCCAUUUUGUUGUCAAGAUUGCGGGAAGACCUUCAUCUACAGCCGGGACCUUCAACACCACAUGAAAAUUCACACUGGGGAGAAGCCGUACUCCUGCGUUCACUGUGGGAAGAAAUUUACACACAAGUGUAAUCUUCGGUGA